ACCUAUCCUCGUGUACUAGUACUGUUGACCCCUCUGUCGGUCACUCACCCACUUCGACCCAUGUCAUACUUAUCCCCCCCUCCACCUCCUCCAGCCGGUGUCAUAGUACCUUCCGAUGAUUGGACGGAUGAUCCUUCUUUCGACCUCUCACCAGCUCAAUCUUUCGUUGCACCACCUUGGUCACCUUCCUCUUCUUCAUCUUCACGUUCACAUCAUUCUUUCUCUUCCAUCCGAUCUCACACUUCUUCCCCCCUCCGUAAUACCCUAUCAAAAGCUUCACCACCACAUCCACCACCGACCCAUACUCAACCCACUCAACCAGCCGACAAACCCUCACGCGUCGAUUGGGAUGACGAUGAAUUAGAUUUCGACUUACCUGAUUCUUUCCCCGCUUUACCAUCACGUUCACCUUCUUUCUCACCCACAUCUAUACCAUUUCCUUCAACCACCAAUUCAUCCCUUACCCGACUCGACAAACCUACCCCCAAUACCCGUGGAACACCCAUGAAACAAGGAACAGGAACGAUGAACAAGUUAUCUGGAACCGUCAUUGGUCACGGACCAAAAGGAGGGACUAUAACCAAACUCGGUUCUACUCAAUCACCAUUUUCAAGAAAUACAAUACGUGCUCAUCUUAAAGCUACUUCUUUAGCUUGGGAAGCAGAUUUAGAUUUCGAUUCUAUUCCAUCUGCUUUUCCUUCUGUCUCCGCCCAACGCACAGACAGUUGGGCCAAUACACUGAAUUCGAACAUGUUACCAAAGCCUAGAAUCAUGCCCGAUGCCGAUGCAUUGGACGAAUUAGGUUUCGAUUUAGAAGAUGAUGAAGCUACUUUGAAAGCUGGUGCUACUUUGAAAGCUCUCCUACCUCCAAAGAGGAACGAUGAUACUAUCAGACCGCACAAUCGUUCUUCUCCUGCACCUUUCGUGGAUCGACCCAACGCACCAAAUCAGGAUUUAGAUUUAGAAUCGGAUUUAAUACUUCCACUGAACUUGACGAAUCUGAGUCUUGCAUCACAAUCACGACCCACACCUAAACCGUCAAAGACGGAAUGGGAUUCUCCAGGAGGUUCAACAUCAUCUUCAGCGCAUAAACAAAGUAAUUGGGAUGAUUCACCUGGAAGAUCUAAAAGAGCUUAUGAAACGUCCCAUACUUCUCUUUCUAUCAAUUCACCAGACAGGGAUCUCGCCUUCCCUCUUACCAAGAAAGAGGGUGUGAAAGAUGUGAAAUUAGGUUCUAGUCAAAUGGAAGAUGAAACGGAUAUGGAAAUAGGAUUAGUGAUUCCAACUCUAAAUUUCUUCUCUACUGCAAGAGCGAAAGAGCUCAAUAACAUUCUUGAUCGUAAACGUAAACCUCAGUUCGCUCCUCCUCAGCCUCAAACCAACGUCAUGAGGGGAGAAGAAUUAGGAGGUGGAAGACAUCAAAGACAUGGGACUGAUGAUACUUCUGAAACUGUCGAUUCUUUCGAAGAUGGUUUAGUACUGGAUAACCCUCGUGUGGAUUUAUCUCAACAUCGUUUACGUAAAGCAGGUCGUGUAAGAGCAGGUGGAAUAGGAUCUGGGUUAUUGCCUCCACCAUCUUCUAGACGUAAAGGUUUGACUACUAUCGGUAAAGAGAAAUGGGAAAGAUGGAAAGGUACUUCUGGUGUUUAUCCAUUCCUUCAAACUGUUAAAGAAAAAGCAUCGACUUCAAAUCAAGAGUCAUCAUCAUCAUCGUUAUGUUUGAAAAUUUCUUCUGAGAAUACCAAUCGUCGACCUUCAAGUCCUUUGAGUAAAGAAUUCGAUCCUACAGCAACACCUUCGAAACGUCAAUUAUCUUCAAUCCCAUUAUCUUCUCAAAAAGGUACGAUGCCACCACCACCAACUUCUCUUCAAACUCCUGGAAGUAGGUUGCGACAUCAAAAAUCUCAUUAUCAUCUUUCGCAACCACCACAAUCACCAUUAUUAUCAAGAAAACAAUCACUCUCUUCUUUACAAGAUGCGUUAAAUCACGAUGCUCCAAUAGGUUUACCUUCCACAUCUUCCAUUUCUUCCAUAACUUCUCUCCCUUCUCUACCUCUCUCUUCACAAACCAAAACAGGUUCAGGAUUCUCUCACACGGAUGUAAGAUCAGAUCGAACCAGUAGUCUUGGUCGAACGACAGGUUCGAAUCAUUCUGUUCCUUCUAGUCUAUCAAGUCACACAGGUUCAACUUUCUCCGCACCAGCAGUUGGUUCAGUACAUGGAGGAAUUUCAGAAAGUUUAUCAACUACGAGUAUUUCCGGUCAAACUGGUCGUUAUCAUAAUUCAACUUCACGUUUAACAAUGCCAACGACAAGUACAAGAGCAAAAAUGAGACCGCCAGUUCAAAAUGUUUUCUCUACUAAUCCACCAUCGACAUCGACAUCUGUGGGAAGCAGUAAAAAUGCGACGACCGUGAAGGAUAAAGAUUUACCUACAGGGACGUUCGGGGCGAGUAAAAGUGCAGGUUCGUUGAGAGAAACUUCAGGAGGUUUCGGAAGUAGUAAAAGUGUGACUUCGUUGAGAGAUACUUCAGGCGGUUUCGGAGCAAGUAAAAGUACAGGAGCAUUGAAGGAUUUGUCGAUAGGUGGGAAAAGGUUAAUUCCAAGAGUUAUGGAAGUCCCGAAGAGAAUAAGGAACUGGGGGGAUGGGACGGAAUUAGAAGGGAUCGAAGAUUUGGAAGUGGAGAAGAAUGCCCCCAGCCCACCUAGACAAAUUGGCUCCUGGAGUCGUCGAGAACGUAAAGAUGUCGAAGUGGGAGAAAAGAGGAAGAAAGGUGUGUCUGGUGGGAUUGGUGGGACGAAUGGUUUGGGUGUGACGGGAGGGACGGGUGCAACGGGUGGUUCGGGAGGUUCGGGUGGAUCGGGAUCAAGGAGAAAGGUUUUGAAAAGACCCGCUUUGUUGAUCAAGCAUCUGGGAGGGGUAGAUAAGAAGAAGGUGGUCGGCGAUAUGACCUGGAAUCCCACCACUCUUCGAUGGGAAGGCAACGAAUCGGUUUUACGUGAUUUCGAAUCUGUAUCAUCUUCCACUCGACCGGCAUUGAUCACGCAUUACACAGCGGGGACAACUACCAUCCAUCCGCAUCCUGCUCCUCAUUCCUCUCAUACAUCAUCCCACAUCCAGACAUCACAAUCGUCACAACCAUCACAAAUACAUACAUCACAUCCUCGAUCUAAUCUUGAAGCCGAAAAACCUCAUGCACUCACCGCGGCAGCUACCAUCCGUAUCGUUGGUGAUAUGCGAUUUGACCCACUUCAAAUGUGUUGGGUAUCUUUAGUCGAUGAAGAAGAUCCUUUCGAAGGUAUGGCGGAUGAUGAAGAUGAUUCUCCAAUUGGAGCUAUGAACUCUUUCGGUGUUGGUCCUCCAUUAGGUGGAGCAGAUGGAGGAGGAAAUACGAUUACACGUGCGACAGGAAGAAGAUUGAUAAACAUACUUCCUCAUUCUCAUAACACCAGCGUAUCAUCAAGAUUAGCAUCUGAAAGUAGCGCUACGAGUAGUGUCGGUUUUCCUUUCUCUGGUUGGGGUAGGAAUCCCGUUUCUGGAGGAGAAUGGGCGGAAGGUAGGAAAUAUGAAGGUUACGAAAUACCUCAUUCUUUAGUAUCGGAAUGUAGAGAAGCGGAGGAAAGACAUAAGAGAGAAAUGAGAGGUUGGACAGGGUUGAGAUUGAGGUCGGGUACCGUAGGCGUCGCAGGUGUCGGUGGUCUAUCAAAUAAUUUGGUCGCUAUCGGUAACGUGGGUGUCGUUGGUGUUGUAGGAGCAGCAGGUGUUGGUGAGGUAGGAGCACGAGGUGGAGGAGAAGGGGGAGGAGGAGGAGGAGGGGAAGACAUGAGAUUCCUAGAAGAUAGGAAAAGAGAAGAAAAGAGAUUAUGGGAGUUAAGAGGUUUAGUCAUGAAAAGUUAG